AUGAGCAACGCCCAGCCACCGGUGGUAAUCGACAACGGCUCGGAUGUGAUCAAGGCGGGCUUGGCUGGGUCCCGGGAGCCCCAGUUCAUCUACCCUAACAUUAUCGGACGUGUCAAAGGCCACGGCUUGGCGGCCGAGGGCGCGCGGGAGCUGUUCGUGGGUGAUGAAGCGCAGGACCGGAGAACCUCGCUGUCCAUCAGCUACCCAGUGGAACGUGGUCUCAUUACUUCCUGGGGGGACAUGGAGAUCACAUGGAAACAUAUCUAUGACCAUAACCUGAAGCUAAAGCCCUGUGAUGGCCCAGUUUUGAUUACUGAGCCAGCACUGAACCCACUGGCCAACCGACAACAAAUCACUGAAGUGUUUUUUGAGCAUUUGGGGGUUCCUGCCUUCUAUAUGUCCAUCCAGGGGGUGCUGGCUCUCUUUGCUGCUGGCUUCACAACUGGAUUUGUGAUGAAUUCAGGUGCUGGGGUUACUCAGUGUGUGCCUAUUUUUGAAGGUUACUGUCUGCCUCAUGGUGUCAACCAGCUACAUCUUGCUGGCCUUGACCUCACCAACUACCUCAUGAUGCUGCUGAAGGACCAUGGCAUCAUGCUGCUUAGUGCUGCAGACAGAAAGAUCGUCGCAGACAUUAAGGAAACCUCUUGCUAUGUGGCAAUGAACUAUGAAGAGGAAAUGGCCAAGAAACCUGGUAGUAUAGAGAAAGUUUACCAAUUACCUGAUGGGAAGAUGAUCAAGCUCUAUGACCAGCUUUUCAAAUGUCCAGAGGCCCUCUUCUCUCCAUCUCUCAUGAACCUUGAGACUCCUGGUAUUGAUAAGAUGUGCUUCAGCAGUAUAAUGAAAUGUGAUAUGGAUCUGAGGAAUUCCUUUUUCUCCAACAUUAUCCUUGCUGGGGGAUCAACCUUGUUCCCUGGUUUAGACAAGCGGCUAAUUAAAGAUAUUGCAAAUGUGGCACCUGCUAAUACCCCUGUGCAGGUUAUAGCUCCCCGAGAAAGGAAAAUAUUGGUAUGGAUGGGGGGCUCUAUUCUUGCAUCCCUGUCUGCCUUCCAGGACAUGUGGAUCACUGCUGCAGAAUUUAAAGAAGUUGGUCCCAACAUAGUACACCAGAGAUGCUUCUGA